AUGCCUUUCCGUGGAGCAAGGUGCGUUCGUCCGUUCGUCGGCGUCGUCGCUGUCGCCGGUGUCGUCGUCCUCGUCAUCUUCGUCGCCGUCGUCGUGGCAGCCACAGCGGCAGCCAAGACCCCCAGAAACAGUCGUGCCAAUACGCUGCCGGAAGGAGUUGGCGACCCUCUUUCGCGAGCCCCCUGGCCCCAGUUCUGUGGUUGGUCUGCCUGGGUUGUUCUUGGAUUGAGGUUUAAACAGAAGCCUCAAGUUGAAGGUUUGCGGGGCCACGAAUUGGGUGGGGAGGUCUCAGCGCUCUGCGAGCAGUUUGUUGAUUUCAUGGACAAUGGAAAGUCUGUGCUGUCACGUGUCUUCUGCCUCAAAUCAAAGUAG